UCACAUAAUGGCAGAGUUUGAAAGGAAAAGUGAUUGUUUUCAUAUCUGUUUUGUAAGGCCUUAUUACUGCUACUACCCCUUUGCCCUCGGCCCACGCUCCUGCCUGGGACAGAACUUUGCGCAGAUGGAGGCUAAAGUGGUGAUGGCCAAGCUGCUGCAGAGGUUUGACUUCACCCUCGUCCCAGGACAGACCUUUGACAUCCUGGACACCGGCACGCUCAGGCCAAAGAGCGCAGUGGUGUGUUCGGUUACACACAGGAAGUAA